CAGAGUGCGCUGUAAUAACAUGAACGCCCCCUAAAACUCGUUCUCGCGGUAAUUCCGUGCCUGCUCCAUCGCCGGCUACACAGAGAGGAGAUGGCGGCCAGAGGGGGGUUUCAGUCGGCUCCAACGGGAGGUGGUGGAGGAGCAAUGGGACCUGGGCCGCCAGUACCGGGCGCAGGACCAGGAAUGGGCCCUGGUACUCCCUCUGGAAGGAUGGGACCGUCUUCGGCAGCGCAGAACCACAUGUACCGCUCUCCAAUGCCCGGGCCUGGGUACCCGAGGCCAGGCAUGCCUCCAUCCAGCCGAAUGACCCCACAAGGACCAGCCAUGGGCCCCCCAGGAUAUGGCAACAGCCCUGUGUCUCGCCCUGGGAUGCCUGGCGUGAUGGACCCGUCCCGAAAGAGGCCGGCUCCCCAGCAGAUUCAGCAGGUUCAGCAGCAGAACCGAAACCAGCACACAAAGAAAAAGAAGAUGGCUGAUAAAAUUCUACCUCAGAGGAUCAGGGAACUGGUCCCAGAGUCUCAGGCUUACAUGGAUCUACUUGCUUUUGAGCGGAAGUUGGACCAGACCAUCAUGCGCAAGAGGCUGGACAUUCAGGAGGCCCUGAAGAGGCCUAUCAAGCAAAAGAGAAAACUUCGGAUCUUUAUAUCCAACACCUUCAACCCUGCAAAGCCUGACGCUGAGGACGGAGAGGGAACAGUGGCAUCAUGGGAGCUACGUGUUGAAGGACGCCUGCUGGAAGACACUGCCGUGUCUAAGUAUGAAGCCACCAAACAGAAGAGGAAGUUCUCCUCAUUCUUCAAGUCCCUGGUGAUUGAGUUGGACAAAGACCUGUAUGGCCCGGAUAAUCAUCUUGUGGAAUGGCAUAGGACUGCCACCACUCAGGAGACCGAUGGCUUCCAGGUGAAGAGACCCGGCGACGUGAGUGUCCGCUGCACCGUCCUGCUCAUGCUUGACUACCAGCCCCCUCAAUUCAAGCUGGACCCCCGACUGGCCCGGAUGUUAGGUAUCCACACCCAGACCAGGCCUGUCAUCAUUCAGGCCCUGUGGCAGUACGUCAAGACCCACAAACUCCAAGACCCCCACGAGAGGGAGUUCAUUAAUUGCGACAAAUAUCUUCAACAGAUAUUUGAGACCCAACGAAUGAAGUUUUCUGAAAUACCCCAGCGCCUGCAUGCCCUGCUGAUGCCACCAGAGCCCAUCAUCAUCAACCAUGUGAUCAGUGUGGACCCCAAUGACCAAAAGAAGACUGCUUGCUAUGACAUUGACGUGGAGGUGGACGACACCCUGAAGACCCAGAUGAACUCCUUCCUUCUCUCUACAGCCAGUCAGCAGGAAAUAGCUGGGUUGGAUAACAAGAUACAUGAAACGAUUGAGACCAUCAACCAGCUGAAGACCCAGAGGGAGUUCAUGUUGAGUUUUGCCAGAGAUCCUCAGGGCUUUAUCAACGACUGGCUCCAGUCCCAGUGCAGAGACCUCAAGACCAUGACGGAUGCGGUAGGAAACCCAGAAGAGGAGCGAAGAGCCGAGUUUUACUACCAGCCCUGGGCUCAGGAGGCGGUCUGUCGCUAUUUCUAUUCCAAGGUCCAGCAGAGAAGACAAGAGCUGGAGCAGGCGCUGGGCAUCAGGAACACCUGAAGAAGUUUGACCUCAUCCAACAAGACAAAACACGAGUCGUGCUCUUGGACACGAGUGUGCACGUGUGCGUGAUUGUGUGUGUGUGCGUAGGGGGUUGUCCAGACCGAAAUACUCAGUUUUCGGACAGACUUGGACAUAGAUUUUAGAUGACUUCACUGUUAAAUAGGAUGUCGGCUGUUCUUUUCCCCCCGCGGCUUAGCAGCUCUCGGUUUGGUUUCUGCUUCGGUUUCUUCUUUCUUUCUUUGUCAGGGUCACCCCCCCCCUUUAAGCAGCAUCCUCUUCAGCACAUUUUUUUUUAAUUAUCUUUAUUGCUCUGUAGCAUAUCUUAGCCUGGAUACAUUCCUUUUCUUUUCGAUAGACUGUGUUUACAAAAGAUUGUGCCCAUCUGAAAAAUGGAGAGCAGAUUGCGCCUGAAAAACAUUGACUGAAAUGUUUUUCUGGAAGUAAAGGCUGCGGCUCUUUGUUCUCUUUCUUUGCAGAGUGUGCGCUCCUCACCAGCCCACACAUGCUUCCCCCGUUCAGUUAUUACUUAUCGUGAUUGUGUUUGUGAUCAGUUGGGCGUGUUUGCUGCAUAUUGGCUGUUCACGUGUCACUUUGAUUUUAGUCGUCAUUGGCGUGUUCCGAGAGCCUCGCGGUGUGUGAAAACACAGCAGAACUCUCACUGCUCUGGCAAAGGAGUUAUCUUUUGUUAACGAUGCCGUUUGGUAUGAAGUUAUUUUGUUGUCUUUUCCUUUCCUUUUGUUACUAUCAGUGAUCUCUGUUUUGAAAAAUGUAUUAUAUCAGUACUUGUCUUGUUAGCUAGUACAGAUUAUCAUGAAAGUAGCUAGUAUGAGUACUUCUAGUCUAUAUAGUUUUGUAAAUAUUAAGCAAAAAAAAAAAAUCUGAUGGAAGUGAAGUUGGGCUUUAUCACUGAAACUGACUGAUCUUUUUCCUAAGUCUUUGUAUACACACUGCAGAUAGUUAAACCAGUAUUUAUAUGAAUAAGCCCCCUGGUCCCAGAGUGCAGUGCUUUGUUUUUUAACGGCACCAAGUUAGCCGUCACACUCAGUAAAACCACCUCUCUGUACGGCAGCUUCAUGUCACCGUCAAGCUGGGAAGAGUUCAAAUGUCAACGGUUUUAUUUUAAGGAUUUGCAGAAAAGGCUUUAAACAAACACGGCGGAGCAGAGGAGUCGGGGCUUCAUCGUACACUCACUUUGGGUCUCCAAAGUCAUGAGAAAAAAAAACGGCUGGGUGUGAAUUUUGUUAAAUAAAACUAAAUCCAAGAAUACACUAAUUUUAAGGGGUUUGGGCAGGUACAGGAGCUGUGACGUGUGUUUGCGAACCUUUAGGAUGUAAAACAACACUUUAGAAUGACGUGAAUCUGCAGACUUUUUCAUGGACCAAACCUAUUUUUCUGUAUGUUCCUAUGUUAUAAUAAAGGAUAUGGA